AUGCAAAACCAGAAGAGAACUAUAGACGAAGUUGACAGGGAAGUCUCGACAUUAAUAAGGGAAGGCGAUGCCGCCAUUGAUAAACAAAACCAAACUAAGCGGAGGAAAAGGUUUGCACCAAUGACUCAAUAUCCAAGUGGAGGAGGUGAAGAAGUUGUUUCUGGUGGACCACCUGCUGGAUAUAUUAAAAGGAUCACAUUAAAAAAUUUCAUGUGUCACGAGCAUUUUGAGCUAGAUUUUGGUCCAUGUCUAAAUUUUAUAGUUGGAAGUAACGGUUCAGGGAAAUCUGCAAUUUUGACUGCAAUUACAAUUGUGUUUGGUGCAAAGGCAAUGGAUACCAAUAGGGGCACGAGCUUAAAAUCACUUAUUCGAGAAGGCUUCAAUACUGCGAAAAUUACCAUUGCGCUUGCUAAUACAGGGUUGGGAGCAUUUGAGCAAGGACUUUAUGGAGAUGAGAUCAUUAUAGAAAGGAUUUUGAAGCGGGAUGGCCAAAGCAGCCAAUUCUCUAUCAAAUCAGAGAACUACAAGGAAAUAAGCAACAAAAAGCGGGAUUUGCAAAGGAUUGUUGACUAUUUUUCUAUCUUGGUUCUUAAUCCAAUGUGCUUUUUAUCGCAAGAUGCUGCACGUUCAUUUGUAACAGCAUCCACUCCACAAGAUAAAUUUAGACAUUUCAUGCGAGGAACACUACUUGAAGAGAUCGAUUUAAAUUUGAAAAAAGCUGAAACCAUUUUAAAGAGCUCUAAAAGCAAUCUAGACUUCCAUGGAGAGAACCUCAAGGCUUUAAAGGAGGAUUACGAGAAAGCCAAACGUUUAUUCAACGAGAUAUAUAGCACACAUGACUGGAGUGAACGGAAGAAGGUACUACAAGGCAAGUUAUGCUGGUUAACCUACAAGGAAAAUGAGAAGCGCCUUCAUAAAUUGCAACAUAGGUCGGAUGAGGUCUCCCAAAAAAUUACUUCAUGUGAUGAAAAGGUGGAGGAGAGAAAACUUAAGAUAAAGCGGUACAAGUCAGAUCAGGAUGCCGCCCAUCAAGAGGUUGAUGACAAAAUGAAUGAGUUACAUGAAUGCCAAGUCAAAUAUGGAGAGAAUGAACAGGAAUUGAGAUCUUUCAAGCAUAAACAUGAAGUGCUUAAGGAAGAGCGGAAAAAAGUUGAGAAAGAAAUUGCAUCAUUAGAGAAUUCGCUAGUGUCACAUAAGCAGCAAGUUCAAAAACUGGAGAAGGAAAUAGCGGAAGCUCUGGGAGGAAAUAAGGAGCAAAUGAUUAUAGAGAAAAAUAACCUUGACUCCAAGAUAAAUGAACUAAAAAAGUUGCUGCCAACGUUGGAAGAAAAAAUCCAGCAGUAUAGAGAGAGAGAAUCUGAACUUUCUCACCAAAGUAAUAUUAGCACUCAGCAACUGCAGACUUCUCUCAGGAUAAAAAAACAAGAACUACGUGAUUAUAAUCAACGUGGCAGUAAUGAUAGGUAUUCCGUUUUUUCUCGAAACAUGGGAAAGGUAUUGUCUGAGAUCAGAAAUAGACACCGAGAUUUCUCUUCUCCUCCAAUUGGUCCGUUAGGUACUGAUGUAUCCAUUAAACCAGGUUAUGAGAAAUGGGCACGCCCCAUUCAAUCAAUUAUUGGCCAUUCCUUAGCCGGCUUUAUUGUAGCAACUUCAAAGGAUGGAAGCAUUUUGAGGCAGAUUUUGAGAAGAUACCCAGAUACCAAAAAUAUCAGUAUUACCACUUAUAAGUUAAGUUACUUUGAUUAUUCUCAGGGGAAAGCAAGAACGAAGUACCCAGCGAUUGUGGAUGUGUUAGAGUUUUCUCGCAAAGAAAUCGAGUGCUUGUUUGUCGACCAACAUAGGAUAGAGAGUAUUGUGCUGGUCGAAAACAAGGAUGAAGCUUAUAGUCUUUUGAAAACUCACCCUCAAAAUACAGCAAGGGUCCUAUCAUUGAAGGAUAAUAGAACAGGGUUUCAGUCUUCAAUGGCUGCAUCUGGAGGUUUCCGAUUAGAUACAAUAGAAUAUCAGCAGCAUUUGCUGUUUUCUCAUAGUUCAGGUAACGACAGUGAUCUACAAUACUUGCAAUCUGUCAUAAUAGAGGAGGAAGCAGAAUUAAAUCGAUGCAAAGAGCAUUAUAAUAGGCUUCUUUCUACUUCUAAAGAGGAAAGGAAAGCAUUAGAAAAUGAGAUGCGCGAGUUAAGAGGUAGUAUCACUAAAAUGGAACUACAAAGUAAACAGUUAAAGGUCAAGAUUGAGAAAGAAGUAGAUAGCGGCGCCUUAGAUGCUCAUAAAGCCGCCAUAGAUAUCGAGUCCUCCCAGAUAGCCCAACAUCGCGGCGCUAUUGACGCAAUAAAUGACCAAAUAAUCCAAUUGAAAGAUGAAAUUGAACCAUAUAAGGAGAGUCAUGAUGCUGCAAGGCAAGCUUUAAAUACUGUAAAGAGAGAGUUGGAAGAUUUAAAAGAGGUUAUUCGUAUUAGAUCGCAAAGGAUAGAAAAGAUGACGGAUGAUAUAAAUUCGUACCGCAAAAGGAAGGACGCAUACAUCGAAGAGAACGAGGGGCUCCAAAAAAAUAUUGAGUCCUUCAAUUCGGUGCUUACAUCUUUAAGAGCAGAUGCCGAGCUUCAUUGUACGGAAGCACAGGCCUAUCAUAGUGACAUACCAUCUACUGAGGACGAAGUAAAAGCCGAGAUUAAGAUUGCAGAGAGGCAUAUAAAGCAUGCUGAGCGAAGGGUUGGGAUGACACAGGAAGAGGUAGCACAUUUACUUGAGCAAUCAAAAGAGAAGUUUUAUGACGCCCAAGAAAAAUACGCAGCUGUAGAUAAAGCAUUAUGGAUUUUACAUGAAUCACUUGAAAAAAGAAGAAUGACAUUAAUGAAUAAUAUUAAAGCUACAUGUCGCGAGGCAGAUUCUGACUUCAGAUCAACAAUCCGAGUACGGAAUGGGUUUUCUGGCGCCUUAAAUUUCGAUACACCUGGGUCUUUAAUUGUCUUGGUUAAAACCACCAACGAUGAAACCCCAAGAAAUGUCGAUACUCUUUCUGGAGGGGAAAAGUCAUUUUCCCAAAUUGCGUUACUGUUAUCAACAUGGAGUACUAUGAGAGCUAGAAUAAUUGCUCUUGACGAGUUCGAUGUGUUUAUGGAUCAGGUAAAUCGUACCAUCGGUACAAAAAUGAUUAUGAAGAAGCUUUCCAGUAAUAUCAGGACUCAAACUAUUAUAAUUACGCCGCAAGAUAUUGGUAAAAUUGCCGACGUUUCAAAUACUGGUAUUAAAAUCCAUAAAAUGCGUGACCCGGAAAGGCGUAAUAACUCUAACUACUAUACCGCAUAA